UUAUUGAGACGUUCGUCAGAGAGCAUGAGAUUGACGCCACAAGCCGCGAUUCGAUGGAGAUAAUCUGCUGGAGGAAAGAAUAAACACUUUACACUUUUCAAAAGGUUAUUACAUCUCCCAACAAUAAUGACAACACAUUGGCUUUUACACGUUGGCAUAUUACUAAUACUCGCAGGCACCUCGCUGGGCGCUUCGAAACGCUUCUUCACAGACUUUCUGCAAGAUCUACCAACUCCGGGAACAGGGGGACCCACAUUUGAUACAAGCAUCACUAGCAACAUAACUGGCCUUGUGGGCAAAACAGUGAAGUUGACUUGUCGAGUGAAGAAUCUUGGCAAUCGCACGGUCUCAUGGGUGCGACAUCGGGAUAUACAUCUUCUGACAGUUGGUCGAUACACCUACACAUCGGAUCAGCGAUUUGAGGCAAUGCACUCGCCACACGCCGAAGACUGGACUCUUCGCAUUCGCUACGCUCAGCGGAAGGAUUCAGGAAUCUACGAAUGUCAGAUCUCGACGACACCUCCGAUCGGACACUCUGUCUACCUAAAUAUUGUGGAGCCUAUUACUGAGAUCAUCGGUGGUCCCGAGAUGCACAUUAACAAAGGAUCCACAAUCAACUUGACAUGUAUUGUAAAGUUUGCUCCGGAACCGCCAGUCACAGUCAUCUGGUCCCACAAUAGACAGGUAAUUAAUUUUGAUUCACCUCGCGGCGGAAUAUCAUUAGUCACCGAGAAAGGAGUGCUGACCACCAGUCGUCUGCUGGUGCAAAAGGCCAUCCAGCAGGACUCGGGAUUCUACACAUGUACACCAUCCAAUGCCAAUCCGACGUCGGUGCGCGUGCACAUCGUCGACGGCGAACAUCCAGCGGCCAUGCAUCACGGAAACUCGGCGACGUUGCAGCCGCCAGCUCUGUGCCCCUUGGUGCUGCUCACGUGUGGAAUGCUGAUCUUGAUGAAGAUGCAAUCGGAGUCCUCUUGCUUCUCUCAAGGUCCGACAAGGUCAGCGACAAAUGCCACAUCGCGACGUCGUUUCAUAUCCAUGGCUAGCUGUUCAUCACAACAACAACAACAACAACAAAAUAGUGUGUGGCUACCACGAAACUAUCUCAAACGGAGCUUGGUUCUUCCCACAACAUAA